UCGAACACGCCCUAGAAACUUCACAACGCUAAUAAUUUGAUAAACUACUAAAACCCUAGAGUACUUAUUGGUUCCACUCUCGUCUGCACUGUGCUUCACUUCUCGGCUCGCUCCCCCUUGUCAUCGCAGGAACUUGCUUCUAGCAAUGGCGGCCAUGCUUCAACCCCAAAUCAUAUUGCUCAAGGAAGGGACUGAUACAUCCCAAGGGAGACCACAAUUAGUAAGCAACAUAAAUGCGUGCAUGGCUGUGGCUGAUGUUGUGCGAACCACUCUUGGUCCAAGGGGCAUGGACAAGUUAAUCCAUGAUGAGAAGGGGAAUACUACCAUUUCUAAUGAUGGUGCCACCAUAAUGAAGCUUCUUGAUAUUGUCCAUCCAGCUGCCAAGAUCCUUGUUGAUAUUGCCAAGUCCCAGGAUUCUGAGGUUGGUGACGGGACCACUACAGUGGUUCUGCUGGCAGGAGAAUUUCUGAAGGAAGCAAAACCUUUUAUCGAAGAUGGAGUUCAUUCUCAAAAUCUUAUCCGGAGUUACAGAACAGCAUCUUAUUUGGCUAUUGAGAAGAUUAAAGAAUUAGCAAUUAGUAUCGAGGGAAAGAGCUUGGAUGAAAAGAAAACUUUACUGGCAAAAUGUGCAGCUACAACACUAUCUUCAAAGCUCAUUGGUGGUGAAAAGGAAUUCUUUGCAACUAUGGUUGUUGAUGCUGUCCUCGCCAUUGGUAAUGAUGAUAGAUUAAACAUGAUUGGGAUCAAGAAGGUUCCUGGAGGUACCAUGAGAGAUUCUUUUCUUGUAAAUGGUGUGGCUUUCAAAAAAACUUUCUCGUAUGCUGGUUUCGAGCAACAACCAAAGAAAUUUCUAAGUCCCAAAAUCCUAUUGCUGAACAUAGAAUUGGAGCUGAAAUCAGAGAAAGAAAAUGCUGAAAUAAGACUAUCAGAUCCGUUGCAGUACCAGUCAAUUGUAGAUGCUGAAUGGAAUAUCAUAUAUGACAAGUUGGAUAAAUGUGUUCAGAGUGGAGCUAAAGUUGUUCUGUCAAGGCUUGCUAUUGGUGAUCUUGCUACACAGUAUUUUGCGGAUCGUGAUAUAUUCUGUGCUGGUCGUGUUACUGAAGAAGAUUUGCAUCGGGUUGCAGCUGCUACAGGCGGAACUGUGCAGACAACUGUCAACAACGUCAUUGAUGAAGUUCUUGGAUCUUGUGAGCUGUUUGAGGAGAAACAAGUUGGUAACGAGAGAUUUAAUAUAUUCAGUGGAUGCCCAUCUGGGCGGACGGCUACAAUUGUUCUUCGUGGUGGGGCAGACCAGUUUAUUGAGGAGGCUGAGAGAAGUUUACACGAUGCAAUCAUGAUUGUUAGAAGGGCUCUGAAAAACUCAACUGUUGUUGCUGGUGGUGGUGCUAUAGAUAUGGAGAUAAGCCGAUAUCUAAGGCAUCAUGCUCGGACCAUUGCUGGCAAGUCUCAGCUCUUCAUAAACUCUUAUGCGAAAGCCCUUGAGAUAAUCCCCCGACAACUGUGCGACAAUGCUGGUUUCGAUGCAACUGAUGUUUUGAACAAACUGAGACAGAAGCAUGCACUUCCAUCUGGCGAAGGUGCCCCGUAUGGUGUAGACAUCAACACUGGUGGAAUUGCCGAUUCCUUUGCCAACUUUGUAUGGGAGCCAGCAGUUGUUAAGAUCAACGCCAUAAAUGCAGCCACAGAGGCCGCUUGCCUCAUUUUGAGUGUUGACGAGACCGUGAAGAACCCCAAGUCGGAGAGUGCUCAAGGUGAUGCUGCUGCAAGUGCCAUGGGUGGUCGAGGUCGGGGUGGGGGUGCUUUUCGCGGCCGUGGCCGUGGAAUGAGAAGGCGAUAAGCCUUUUUCUGUGCCCUGUUGUGUCCCGAAGCAUCCUGACAAUUUUGCUUCUGAUUUCAACCUUUUAUACAUUUGUUUUGGUGCUAUUUUUCUGGAACCAGUCCAACUAAUCUUUAUGCAAUUUGGCUUCGCAUAUUUAUCUUUUGUUGAUAAUGUACGGCUUCAUGAACUGCAUUCUAGCUUUGUAACUUCACUGAAACUUUUAGCUGAAUAUUGAUUGCUUUUCCCUCUGUUA